AGCAGUCUGAGAAAGGCUUAACUUUUUUGUUUUUAGACUCACAAUUAGUUUGGUAAGCAACAGCAAAAGAAAGCGAGUAUAUGCCAGGAUUCAGAUUAGAAUACUGUAUUUGUUUUGCAAAUUUUAUGAUUAUUUUAAGUUCGUCUUGCUUCACUUUGGGGAUUACUUCCCUACGCAUUUAAGUGACUGUUGGAGAUCUUUCUUAUUUUAAAAAAAAAUGUGUUAACAUAACUUGCUGCACAACAAGACUGAGGGGCCCCCGUAGAUUCAGGGUCAGAUCUCUGGGCCAGCGAUGGAAAGAUUUGAAUACAAGCACUUUGUGGACGGAGUAAGAGAGAGCCAGCACAUUGACUACCGAGGAGUUGUAGGGGACACACAGGCUUCAUAUACGUGUGCUCCACUUAAGGAAGGGGAUCACUGUAUCCGGCACAUUUCACAUAUCCAUGGACACGAAACAGCAGCACAGCGGUACAAUGCCAUUCGGACUCAAGCAGGCUUUUCUCCAGAAAACAUGGCGGAUUAUUUAAUCAGUGGUGGUACGGGCUACGUCCCAGAUGACGGACUGUCGGCACAGCAGCUCUUUUCAGUUGGCGACGGCCUUACAUACAACAGAUCUGACCAACAGUGUGUUGUCUCGGAUGGCCAUACGGCUGAAGAGCUAUGCUCUAAAGGAGAAGGGUUGACUUACAAUGACUUCCUGAUUUUGCCUGGCUUCAUUGACUUUACCUCUGAUGAAGUGGAUCUGACGUCAGCACUCACCAAGAAGAUCACCCUGAAAACCCCUCUUAUCUCGUCGCCCAUGGACACCGUCACAGAGUCAGCCAUGGCAAUUGCUAUGGCGCUAAUGGGAGGAAUGGGAUUCAUUCAUCACAACUGCACACCUGAAUUCCAAGCCAAUGAGGUCCGGAAGGUCAAGCAUAUGAGGUUCGAACAGGGCUUUAUCACAGACCCGGUCGUAAUGAGUCCGUGUCACACGAUUGGAGACGUGUUUGAGGCCAAAGUAAGACACGGUUUCUCUGGAAUUCCCAUCACGGAGACGGGAAAAAUGGGCAGCAAGCUGGUUGGGAUUGUCACCUCCAGAGAUAUCGACUUCCUCUCUGAAAAGGACCAUGGCAAACCUCUGGAGGAGGCUAUGACGAAAAGAGAGGACUUGGUGGUAGCUCCAGCUGGGGUCACUCUCAAAGAAGCCAAUGAUAUUUUACAGAGGAGCAAAAAAGGCAAGCUUCCCAUUGUGAAUGAUAAUGACGAGCUGGUGGCCAUUAUCGCCAGGACAGAUCUGAAGAAGAACAGAGACUACCCGCUAGCAUCAAAAGAUUCACGCAAACAGCUUCUCUGUGGUGCCGCCAUCGGCACCAGGGAGGAUGACAAAUACAGACUGGACCUACUGGUGCAGGCUGGGGUUGAUGUGGUUGUGCUGGAUUCUUCACAGGGCAACUCAGUGUAUCAGAUCAACAUGAUCAGCUACAUUAAACAAAAGCAUCCUGAAGUACAAGUCGUGGGAGGAAACGUGGUUACAGCAGCCCAGGCCAAGAAUCUGAUUGAUGCCGGAGUGGAUGCUCUGAGGGUUGGGAUGGGUUGUGGCUCCAUUUGCAUCACGCAGGAAGUGAUGGCUUGUGGGCGUCCUCAGGGAACCUCUGUGUAUAAAGUAGCAGAGUACGCGAGACGUUUUGGCGUGCCGGUGAUUGCGGAUGGCGGUAUUCAGACUGUGGGCCACGUGGUGAAGGCUCUGUCUCUGGGAGCAUCGACUGUUAUGAUGGGCUCCCUGCUAGCUGCAACCACCGAGGCUCCUGGAGAGUACUUCUUCUCAGACGGGGUGCGACUGAAGAAAUAUCGGGGGAUGGGCUCUCUGGAUGCGAUGGAGAAAAGCACCAGCAGCCAGAAGCGCUACUUUAGUGAGGGUGACAAGGUGAAGGUCGCUCAGGGCGUGUCGGGCUCAGUCCAGGACAAAGGCUCCAUCCAUAAGUUUGUGCCGUACCUCAUAGCUGGAAUCCAACAUGGCUGCCAGGACAUCGGAGCAAAGAGCCUGUCUGUCCUCCGUUCUAUGAUGUACUCUGGGGAACUGAAGUUUGAGAAGCGAACUAUGUCUGCACAGGUUGAGGGAGGCGUUCAUGGACUACACUCUUAUGAGAAGCGACUUUACUAAAUGGAGCUUAAGGAAGACUGAAGGAGAUCCAAUCUGACAGUGACCAAAUGUUUUAAAAACUUCUGCUGAAAUCCACAACAACUCCCUCUCUGCUUCCUCUGCAUUAAGCCCACUCGCUCACUUUUCACAAACGGCUGAUUUGGGGUAGAGGACGGAAACGUAGCAAAUGGAGAAUCUUCAAACCUACACCGGCUCUCUGAACACCUCAGUCUUUGCUCUCAAGAAGUGGCGCAUCAGGGUUAUCUUUUUUUGUUUGUUUGUUUGUUUGGUUCAUGAGUGUGCAGCCCCACACCAGGUUCAUGUGCGUGAGGCUGAUGGUUGUGAGAGAACCUGUGAAUUCCAGGUUGUGUGAGGUUACAGUAAAGUCGGGACGGGGUAAAGGCGCGCUGUGUUGUAUUUGUCCUGUCGGAAACAGCCGUGGCGCAGAUCAGCAGCAUCUUUUCGUGGCUCGUUUUGGGUCCAGCAUCUACCAGCAAACGCGCCACCUGAACCUUAACUCAUCUCCGUUCAACAACACAGAUUGCAGAACACAAAAUGGCACGUCUCUCUUUGUGCUCCGUGCCAGUGUGGACCGGCAAACCUUUCUGAGUAAUAAUUCUAGGUCAUUGCAGAUGUAUGCUGCUCGUAUUACAACACGUUAUUUACUUGGUGUAUAGUGCGUUCUUACAAUUGAGUCAUUUGUCAUCGUUGUUAAUUGAAUCAGAAUAGAGGGCAGAUCUGCAGUGGGGCCUUUUUUUUUUAUUUCUUUUUUUCCUCUUUGGAAAUUCAAUCAUUCUGAGCCAAAUAACCAGUGCCCCAUCUCAGUGUUGGUAUUUGUAACAUGGAGGGCACCAAAAGCUAAUGAACAUAAGUUAUGUUUAGGAUGUAUAAUGGGUCAAUCAUAAACACUCAAAGUGACUAUUUCCUUUGUUGUAAUCUGAAUAUUUUUUCAGAGAAAAACUCUUUAUAUUAAACCUGUAGAGUCCUGGCGACUUUGAUUUCAGCUGGAAGGUUUUUGAUAAUGCAUGUUUUUAUUUCACUGAGCCAAGUGUGGCUGUGUUUGUAUUCUGCUUAGAUCGCAAACAUACUGCCAAGUGUAUCUACACUUCUUUUUAUUUUAUUUUAUUUUUUUUUAAACCUUAAUACCAAAACUGGUGUGGCAGUUAGCUCAUCUGUUUCUUUCCUGUCAGGCAUGGAUUGUUGCGUUUUUAUCUGUUCACCAGAGGUAUGCCUUGAAAUAGAGAUGGAGACAUCAGCGCAGUGAAUAGCGACACGUUCUUGCCACAUUUUAUUUGAGUGUCUUUGUUUGCCGUUCAGUUGAUGUUGGGGUUAGAAAUUGUUCAAAGUGGAUAUCCUUGCCAUACUUUUACCGUACUUUUUUUCUUCUUUUUUUUUUCUCUAACCCAAUGAAGUUU